GCCAUAAUAAGGCCUGGAUAAGCGCGGGGCCUCAGGGAGCUCUAGACCUGGUGGGAGCACAAGGCCCGAUGCGAGCAGAGAGUUGAUAACGGCUAAUUCUGACAAGAGGCCUCGGCUAGGCCGGGCAGUGACGCGGGUAGGCGCUGCCUGGGCCUUGUGAAGGCCUAGCCGCUGGGGCCUGACCCCAGUGCGGACCCUGGCGCGCCGCCACUGUCCUGGCAGGAGCCGGACACGUGACAGGAGGAGAGCAGGAAGGUCAGAAACACGGCUGGGACCAGGGAGCCGAAAGGGAGCGGAGGACUUCCCAGGAGCGUGGAGCGCAGGGCCUGAUGGGAGAGGCCAGACCCGAGCGAGCGCAAGGCCCGCUGGGAUUUGGAGCGCGUGGGACUUGGCGGGAGCUGUCUGAGGAGAGCAGGUUCUGACUGGAGCGCGAGGCUGGACCGGAGCACAGAGCAUCCUGAUAGCGCACAAGCUGCAGGACAGAGCUGAGGACAGGACGGAGUGCCCACAGGCUGAGAACUGAAGAUUUAGAAUCUUGGGGGAGUGAUGAAAGUGUUCUAAUUUAUUGCAUGGUGCAUAACUCCAUGAAUAUAGUAAAGAAAAAGCAUACGACUUUACACUAACUGGAUAGUUGCAGGUCUGGUUCCUGAAACAUAGUUAAGAAGAAAAUAUGAAUGAGUCCAGGCUGCAGUCCCUGUUCUUCAUCAUCCUUCCAGAUUUACACAAACUCUGCACUGUCCACAUAAUAUUGAGUAGCAGGGUGGCAGAAAUAGACAUUAGGAGUGCUCAGAUAAAGAUGUGCAGGCAGUUGCUGCUUCUGCAUGAAGAUAUUCUUACAGCACCUGUGCCUGGAAUAUUAAACCAAAUUUCGGUAGUGAUGUCGAUACCAUUUUUUAAAUCUGGGAGACUUAAUGCCUAUAUUGAAAACUAUGGAGCUAAGAUGAAAGCUCCACAAAGAGUAACUCCUGCAAUUCUUCAAAACUGCCUAUCGUACUCACUCAUGGCUAGACUCGCUCCAGCCUGGAAUAGGACAGGUCAUCUGUUGGUACAAGGAAGAGAUUUUCUUUCUAAUAUGGGAAAGCAAAGUGCAGUUGUAUUAGACAUCAAUGUAACAGAAACACAAGUUUGUCUGAGUAUAGAAGUCUAUACUAUCAGAUUGCCACCACCUGAGCUACAGGAGUUUGAUAUUUCUCAGCGUAUUAUAGAGGAUUUUCACACCAACCAGAAUGCUGUCAUUGGGAGACAUUCCAUUUUAAACAACUGGUGCUACAUUUUGCCCAGUAUGAAAAUGGGGCAGAUAAUAAAUAUUCUUCAUACUGCACCCCCUGACUGUCCCUUUCAUUCCUUCGAAGACUUCCAGAGGCACUGGGAUGACCUGUAUGGCUAUAAACUUCCAGAAGACUGUGGAGAUAUGAAAAUAUACUGCAGCAUCUACUUCAAAAUGAUUAACGAAAGGACCUUCACGUACCCUCUCAGCUGCAUCAGAAGUCAGCCCAUUCAGUUCUUUCCAAGAGUAGAUUUGGAUGGUGUGUUGAAAAGCUUCCUUUCAGAUUUAAAAUCGAAACUGCCGCAUUUAUGUGGAUUUCCUGUAAAGAUGACAAAUAAACCAUGCUAUUACACACAGGAGCUAACCAGACCACAUCUGCAGGAAAACAAAGUCAAACCAUCCAAUCUGACUACUAAAAAAUUCUUCCGAGCUUCUCUAACUCAAGCAACAUUGCUGAAACCCACCAUAGCUCUAAAUCUCAUUCCACAGUCAACAACCGCCGAGCACAAGGUGGAGCCUGCCGUCAGCCAGCAGAGGUCGGGCUUGUUCUCAGGUGGUUGCCACCAGCCUGGGUCUGUUCACCACAGAGAGCCUUCCUGGACUCUCAAGGCACCACAGCUGCAUUUGAAAGAGUCACAUCUCAGCAGAGAAAAUGCACAAGCUGGGACCAAAAAUCUUUGCUUACAAAGUAACAGAGCCCCGGCAUUCGUACCAGUUUUUAAAAGGAAAUCUGAGCAAGUGAACAAAAACUUCUCAGCACUUAGCUCCUUGAAAAGAAAACAGAGCAGGGUUACAGAACCUACCAUAUUAGCACAGGAAACUAGUGUUACCCAGGGGGGCAAAGCCAGUCUAGGUACAGCCGCUGGAAAAAGACCAAGUAGACCAAAUAGCAGCAUUGGAGUACUUGCUGGGGACUUAAGUCAGAAAGGCUCCAAACCUCUUGGAGAAAAAGGCACCGAGUUCUAUGAUCGGAAGAAGGGACAGUUCUCUUCUGAUUGGACACAGACUGGGCACCUUAGAGAAGCCAGACCACUGUCUACUAGUUCCGCGACACAGAUGUCCAGUCAGAGUUUAGGAAUGAUGAAAAACGAUGUUGCCAUCCACACUGGUGGAAAAGACAAUCUAACAAGCAGAUUCAUAACACAAAUUUUGGGGAAAAGCCACGAGUCCCUAAAACUCAAAAGCCAGCCACACAUUUUUGAAUCAGAAUUAGAAACUGAAGACUCCCAACUCCAACAGCAACAGUUAGCAAAUCAGGUUAAAGAAACCAACGCAGCUGAACACAGCCUAAUAGAAAGCAAAGCAGCCCGCAGCCGCAGACAGGAGUUAUGUCUUGAGUCUUCAAGGGCUUCUACGAAGCGCCGGUCCAAUGCUGCACACCAGAGGCAAUCCAGUUCUAAGAACCAGGUUUCUAAUACAACAAAACCCAAGAAUUCCCUCAACAUUCCUGAAGCUGAGUCCAGUGUGGAACAGAGACUGUCCACCAGGGAUAACUAGAGCACUGAUGAAGACUCUCCAGACAUUGCCUGUGGCUGAGGAGACGGUUGGUCCUGUGUACUGUUCUGGGGCCUCUCAUUUACUCAGCAAUUCCCUUGUAAAGUUUUGCAUAGUAUUUCAUUGGAUGUGGACAUGCCAUGUUUAGCUAGCUCCCUAUUGGUUUGGCUGAUGACAUUAUCAUUUCUAACCUUUCAGUAUUAUAAGUCAUGUGAAUUGUUCUUCACACAAUAUUGUAAGUUACCGAAUUGUGUUAUGUGAUACAUUGUUUUUAAAGAAAGACUCAUUCUGUAGCCCCAGCUAACCUGAAACUUGCUAUGUAGACCAGGCUGGCCUCAAACUCAUGGAGAUCCACCUGCCUCCACUUCCCAAGUUCUGGCAUCAAAGGCAUGAGCCACCUUACUCAAUGUAACACUUUUGAUAGUGGAAAAUACCUUUAUUUUGCCCUUCCUAUUUUAUUACUGCAAUUUGUUCAAUUUGUUUGAAGUGGUUCUGGUUUAUUGCCAGAGUUUUGGGGUCACAGAUACAGUACUCUAAACAUAAUAGACAGUAGUGUGAAGAAACAGAAUGCCUGUCACUGUGUUUCUUCAUAAUCUUGAGCAAAUUGUUUUACUGUUUAUUUAAGAGGAUAGAUGGUGUUCUAUAUUGUCACUAAAUUUCACUUUUGUUUUUAUAUAUGACUAUGAGAAAGCCCCCAGAGGCAUGAGAUCAAUUUCAUUACAGAAUUAGAGCCCUAGCUGCAGUGGAGAUUUCUGUGCCCAGCAGUUCUCAUUGCUAGUGGGCGUGCUCUGUGUCCUCUCCUGGAAUGGAUGAGCUUGCCCUGAAGGUGAGUCAGGUCUCCAGAAAACUCAGGCUUAGGGUUAUGCAUGUGGUGGAGUAAGUGCCCAGCAUCACGUGUGUCCUCCACAAACAAUUGUCCAACACAAAAAGGAACAAAGGAGAAGGCACAGAGUGCUCCUCAGAUGAGACCUUCCCUCCCUUCCAAACAUUGUAGGCUUUAAUGAGAUUUGAUAACAUAGAAUUAGCAUAUAUUUUAAAAGUCAGACUCUUUAUUGAAAAUCCUACUACAAAAAUCCAUAUAUGUGUGUGUAUUAUAUAUGUAUAUAUGUGUGUGUAUGUGUGUAUGUAUAUAUAUGCAAAUUCAAAGCCAAAAAGCAAGUUUAAAUUGAACUGUGAUUGUUUAAAUAUGGCUUGCUAUUGCUAGCAAUUCAUCAAAACACUGCAUUUAAACAAAAGGGAGUCUAACUCUCACUCCUGAAGUUAUACCUACCAAUAAUUUGCUCUGUACUUUUAUUACCAUGAACACUCCUGCUUCCCAGAAACCUCUAGUUCCCAACUUAUCUGCAUAAGAAGAACAUACAUUUCAUUCAAAGCCCAUUUUAAGUUCUCUUUUCUCAUGAAGUCCAUGUUAUAGAUAACCAGCAGGCCACAGUAAAGGCUAGGACAUUGUUUGGCUUGUGUAGAAACAUGUUUGGUUUUGAGAGUGAUGUAUUUAAAUAUGCAUGUGUGGUCGGCAUAGUCAGGCACACAUGGUCAUUCUUGAACAACCCUUUCCUAGUUACUUCCUGGGGUUGCUCCAUCAUUAUGCCUUAGGCUGUGAAAAUGUGAUAUUACUCAAUUAAGUAUACUAGUCUAUGGCUGAAACAGUGUGUAAUGUUUCCAAAUUAUUAAAAGAGUCUUAGUAAUCACUCUUCCUCUAUUAAUCUGAACUACUUAGAACUGAUAGCUCUUUCUUUCAUUUUUCUUUGUAGACAGGGAACCAUGUAUUCCCUGUUGGCCUUGAACUCACUAUGUAGCCUGAGAUGACUUUGAACCUCUUCUUCCAGAGGACUAGAUUAUAGUAUGCUCAUGUUUAUCAUGCUGGAAAUUGAACCCAGAAAUUGAAGUCUUUUAAAAUUAUUUAUUUUAUUUCAUGUUAUGAGUGUUUUUGCCUGCAUGAAUGUACAUGUAUCUAGGCCUAGAGGCACGCAGUACCAACUGAGCUAUAUUCUGCUUGUCAAUGAUGCUAGUUUAUUUCCCAACACCAUGUAGCUGCUCAAAACCAACUGUAAUGUGGGUUCCAAGGGGAUCUGGGAUCUAAUGCUCUCCUUUAGGCCUCUCAGGCACCAGGUACACACACGAUACACAUACAUAUAUGCAGGCAAAACACAUAAACAUAAAAUAAAUAUUUUUAAAAGACUUCAAUUUCUGAAAGCCAAAAUAAAUGUGCUGCCAAUUGGAAAAAAGCAAAUUUUCCUGUUUUAGAUUUGGAGCUUUGUUUGUAGUAUGGACCCCUUCCAAAAAUUUAUUCCUUAUUUUUCAAUUCUGUAUUCCGGGUCCAUUACAGUUUUAAACCAUAAACAAUUUUACAUUUGCCUGUAUCCAGAGGCUUAGAAAUUAACCACCACACCAAAACAAACUUAUAGAAAUAGACCCAAGUUAAUGCCAAGAAUCAUAUUUAUAGUUAUGUAAAAAUGUUCCUCAAUGCACUUUAGCUGCUUUCUAUAUUUGUGUUUGGUUUUAUAUUUUAUUAUGUUAUAAUUAUUUUUACUUUAUUGUGUUAUUACUAAAUGUAGCAAAUAAAAAUCUCAAGCUUCUCA